AUGAGAUUCGAACAAGACACGGCGUGCAGGGGUACCCACUGCGCCAGCACUCCGCAACCCUCCGCGCUGCAGCAGCGAUCACGGCUUGAGGAGGUGGUGGUGGAGGAGGAGGUGGACUCCUCCGCGAAGGACGUCGACGGUCAACGACGUAGACUUGGUAUAGAAUUGGAGGCUAACGUGGUCGAGGGUGCAAAUACGGGGCCGCGGGCCGAGGCGGGGGGGCCUGGGAUGGCGUACCCCGCGUCAGCGACGGCUCUGAAUCAACAUUCGUCCUUUACAAACUCGAUCGCCGGCGGCACGCCGCCCGCCAGUAAUCCGAACGGCCACAUCACCCUACCUGCACCGGCGGCACCGCGGCCGACGGACUUUAGCGUCUCAACGCUGCUGACCGCGGCGAGCACCCAUCCGCCUGGUAUUCUGGGUGGCUCGUCGUCGCAGGGUAGCGCUUCCCCGCCGCCCGGUGGACCUGGUAGCCCGGCCGCGGCGCCGGAGACUCCGCCGCCCUUACCUGUGAGCGGCCAACGCGACUUGUCGCACUCAUCCUCAGCGGUGGCGGCCGCGAGUUACUUUAGCGCUGCCGCCCUGGCGGCAGCGGGUUUCUACAAUCCGGCGGCACAUCUGCCGCCCACCAGCUCGCCGGGACCAACGAUAGCGGCGCAUCAUCUUCAGAGCAAGGGGAUACUCGCCGGUGCGCACCAUCAUCCGCACCUCAAUCCGCACGGUAUCACGCCAGGCCUAGGUCUGGGCCCGCAUACGCCGGAAGAGGUCCUGGCGGCGGCCGCGGCGGCGUUACAUCACCAUCACCAAGGCCCGGGCGGUCCUACGAUGAGGCCGCUGAGGCCGCCGCUACCCCCGGGAAUGCUCCACACGUCGCCGCAUCCCCUGGCCACGCAUCAUCCCCUCACGGCGCCGCAUCAUCCCCUCGUGCCGCCUCAUCAUCCGGAGGAGGACGGCGUCGUCGAUGAUCCCAAAGUCACGCUCGAGGGCAAAGAGCUUUGGGAGAAGUUCCACAAGCUCGGGACGGAAAUGGUCAUCACGAAGAGUGGCCGGCAGAUGUUUCCUCAGAUGAAGUUCCGAGUUUCCGGUCUGGACGCCAAGGCCAAGUACAUCCUUUUACUGGACAUUGUCGCCGCCGAUGACUACAGAUACAAGUUCCACAACAGUAGGUGGAUGGUAGCGGGUAAGGCGGACCCGGAAAUGCCGAAGAGGAUGUACAUACAUCCGGACUCGCCCAGCAGCGGCGAACAGUGGAUGCAGAAGGUCGUGAGCUUCCACAAACUCAAGCUCACCAACAACAUCAGCGACAAGCACGGCUUUGUAAGUACUACGAUACUGAACUCGAUGCAUAAGUAUCAGCCGAGGUUUCACCUCGUGCGAGCCAAUGACAUCCUGAAACUUCCGUAUUCGACCUUCAGGAGUUACGUUUUCAAGGAGACGGAAUUCAUCGCCGUGACGGCCUAUCAAAACGAAAAGAUCACCCAGCUGAAGAUCGAUAACAAUCCAUUCGCGAAGGGAUUUCGAGAUACUGGUGCGGGGAAGCGCGAGAAAAAAAGGCAGGCGCUACUGACAGUAUCGGGCGGCGGUUCCCGUUUGACAGCGGGCGGACCAGCGUCGCCGGACAAGCGGCGCUCAUCGAACUCCGCCACCGAUCUUAUGGACGACGACGACAAACUGCUGGACGUGGUUGGACCCGAUACGCCGCAUCCGGCCCAUCACCACCGGGAACGGGAGCACUCGCGCGAGAGGGACGACCGGACGAGCGAACGAGGCGAGGGCAGCGAAUCGUCCGGGUCGGAGAGCGGCGGCGGGCCAGGCCCAACGGGGUCCGAAGGUCCACGGCCGGACGUCUCUGUCGGUCCACCGCUUCACCCGCCCCUCUUGCCGUAUCUGUACCCGCCGGUGCCCGGACUCUAUCCCGGCCCCGGUCCCCUGAUACCACCGAGUCCUCUCGGACUCCACGGUGGGGUCACGCCCGGUAUGCUGUUUAACGCCCAGCUGGCCUUGGCGGCCCAGCAUCCGCUCUUCGCGCACUAUCCCCAUCCCCUGGCGAGUCCCCUGCAUCAGCUCAAGGGGCAUAGAUUCGCGCCCUACACACUCCCGGCGCCCUCGCACGGCUCGGCCUUCGAGACCGUGACCCCCGGUAGCAGGACUCUAAGUCCGAGAUCGCCGCCGCCGAGGCCGCCAACCGAUUCGCCGACCCCCACGGGCGGCGGUGCCCUCAUCUCGACGACGCCCAGCUCCGCCGGCGAGCUCAAGUCCAUCGAGAACAUGGUGAACGGGCUGCAGGAGAAGAGAAGGAGAAGUCCGAGUCUGACGCCCGGACAUCGGGGCGACGACGCCGGCGGAGGGAGUCCGUGA